AUGAGCAUAUUUCUAAAUAUUAUCAAUAACACUAUUGAUAAGUACAAGAGCACUGGUAAUAGUAUUAAUUCAUUUGACGUUAAUUCUAAUUUGGAUACUAACGGCGAGAUGGAAGUCGUAUACGCUAUUUUGGAAAUUAUUGACAUUGUUGACCUUAACUUGCUACAAAAGAUCAUAACACUAUUGUCAUUUAACAUUAAGCUAAAUGUGACAGUUUACAAAAAGUUAUACUCAUACUUGAGUAACAUUGGCAUAUUCAACUUGCUGUAUAUUUUCUAUAAUUUUAGGUAUUUGGUUAAACCAAAUUCAGCUAACUUGGCACUCCAGUCCACAGGGUACAGAGAACUCAACUUGGAGUUUAAUAAAAUGAUUAUGAAGUGGGUGAAAGAAAAUGGACUUGACCAGUUUAUUAAUUAUCUCCUAAGCAAUACUUUACAAGUUAAUAUAAUUGUUUCUGUCCUGUAUAACUUUUUUGAUCACGUGACUCAAGACAAUGAAUAUCCAGAAUUGAAAAAUCAAAUAUUAACCAAUCAAAAUAUAUUAAAUGGUGAAAAUAUAUUAACUAAUCAAAGUAUAUUAACUAGUGAAAAUAUAUUAAUGUAUUUAUAUGGAAAUGAUCAGAUUGUGAAUUUGUUGAUGAAGUUGGAGGAGAAAUUGGAAGAAAAUUCUCAAGGAUUUGACUCUUAUAAAUUAUAUAUCAACGAGUUGAACUUGAUACUUUUAUCAUUUAAUGGUGCUGAAUUGAGAUUAUUUAAAGGUAAUUCUCACCUGGGAAGGCUCAGUUUUUCAGAAUUGGUUACCAAUAACCCCGAAAUGUUACAAGAUGUGAAAAACCUUCUACUGAAGACUUUAACUCAAGUUAACAUAAGUCAUGUUAUGAAAUGCUUAAUUGAUGAAUAUGUACAAAUGAACUCAUCAGGUCUUGAUUUUAUUACUGUUGUUAAUUUCGGCAUCUUCACUAGUGAUAAUAUUAUAUAUAACAUUUCCAUUCUAUUACUUCAAUCAUUUGAUUUUAAUAUUACUUUAUUAUUAACAACACUUGAUAAUUUGACACUAACAGAUACCUCAGUCAAUGAAUUGUCACCAGUAGAUACCACAAUUAAUUCUAAAUCCUUGGAUACCACAAUUAAUAGUUCUAAAUCCUUAGAUACUUCAUUGAGAAGAGGAAAUUUGUAUAGACUAAUUAUUGUCUAUGUUUAUUUUAAUUAUAAUUUUGUUAAUGGAGGUGAUUUGGAUAUGAUCAAUGACAUUUUCAACAAUUAUAUCAUCAACAUAUUGAAGGAAAUAAAUUCGUCAGAUUCCGGUAAUAGUAAAGCUAAUGAUAAGGAGGAAGAAUUGUUGGUUAAUAUAAUGGUAAUGAAGUGUAUUUACGUAUACAACAUUAUCAUGAACAGUUACAAUGACAAGGUGAUUAGUAUAUACUAUAACAUUUUGAAUAAUAAUAUACAAAUGUUUAAUAAUAAUAAUGUGUUCAUAUAUAAGAUUGAGGUUCUGUUGAGUAUAAUUAUUGACUUGUUAUAUAAUAAACGAGACUCUAAUCAGAAUCAGGAAGUCUCCAUUGGGUUACCAAUUGAAUUAAAAGUCUAUAGGUUAAUUUUAAACAUUUUAACUUAUGACUUGAGAAUUAGUCCGUAUAUAUACAAUUUAAUAUUAAACAAGUUACUAUACAAGUUAUUAUUAGUCUUGUCAAUUCGAAAUGACAUUACUGUCAAUUCUUAUAAAUCUUCAGAUGAGAGUAAACGUACAAAUGUAGUUUCAUCAGUCAAUGAUAUGCUCAAGGAUUAUUUCAUAGUAAUUAUGGAAAUGAUACUUUUUGAUGAGAAAUUAAAUACAAAUUCAUUAUCAAUAUUAUUUACUACAAUCUUCAAUUUAUAUACUCAUAAUACUGGUAACUACUUUUGUAACUCAGGUGGUGACAGCUCACUUGGUGACAACUCCCUUGUUAACUCAGGUAUUGUCAACUCUGAUACUGAUGGUACAACAAGAAUGUUAUUAGUUGAUUCAAUAAAAUAUCUAAUAUCUAAUUCAUUACAAUAUUAUAUUAUGAAUGUGGAACCAAGUAGUGUUGGUAGUUUCAGUGGAAUCAUUUCAAGACUAAAAUUACUAAUGAUCAACUGUAACUAUGGGAUUGUUUACAACGUGACCAUUCUGUUGAUUAUAUUCGUAAAUUACAAGAUGAAUGUGAUGGAGAUUUAUGACAUUAUCAAGUGGGUUGCAAAGGCUGAGUUUGCCUCUGAACUCGGCGACCUCUACUCACUUUUACACUUUUACAAUGUUAAUAUUAAUGCAAGUAAAAAAUUAUCGAAUCUUCUAUCCAGCGUUAAGGCGCUGGUUAACCCUAAAACCAACUCAGUACCAAAUGUAAGACAUAUACAAACUAUAACUGAAAAGUACAACAUGAACAAUGAUCCUUCACCGUUUUGUAGACACCUGUUCAACUAA